CUGGCGUUCUGCGCCGCGGUGUUCGUGUUUCUGAUUGCGCCGAUCGUGGUGAUCGUGCCGCUCAGCUUCAACGUCCAGCCCUACUUCACCUUUACCGAGGGGAUGCUGCGCCUGGACCCUUCCGCCUACUCGCUGCGCUGGUACCGGACCGUCGUGGGCGACCCGGAGUGGGUCCGAGCCCUGUUCAACAGCCUGUUCAUCGGCCUGUCCGCCACCGCCUUGGCAACCGCGCUUGGCACGCUGGCGGCCCUGGGCCUGACGCAUCCCGCGCUGCCGGGCCGCUCGGCGAUCAUGGGUCUGCUGAUCUCGCCGAUGAUCACCCCGGUGAUCAUCUCGGCGGCAGGCAUGUUCUUCUUCUACUCGAACCUGGGCCUGACCCAGACCCACCUGGGGCUCAUCCUGGCGCACGCCACGCUGGGCACGCCGUUCGUCGUCAUCACGGUGACGGCCACCCUGUCCGGCUUUGACACCAAUCUGUAUCGCGCGGCGGCCAGCCUCGGGGCCGGGCCGCUGCGGACGUUCCGGCGCGUCGUGCUGCCGCUGAUCGCCCCGGGGGUGAUUUCCGGCGCCCUCUUCGCCUUCGCCACCUCGUUCGACGAAGUGGUGACGGUGCUGUUCAUGGGCGGCCUGGAACAACGCACCGUGCCGCGCCAGAUGUGGACCGGCAUCCGCGAGCAGAUCAGCCCGGCGAUUCUGGCCGUGGCGACCCUGCUGAUCGUUUUCUCCCUAUUGUUCAUGCUGAGUGUGGAAUGGCUGCGUCGGCGGGCGAGGGCUGAUUAG